AUGUUGGAUUCGAAGGACGAUCUUGAAGCUGUGGAAGGAGAUGAGCUCCUAAAUGAGUCGGUGAUAGUUGGGAGUGUUUUACUGGACAAGCUUUGGUGUCUACGAGAAUCUCAAUCCGAUAGCGACUGGAAUGGCAACGUGAAAGAUGUAUCUUUGUUUAUGAUGGCCGACACAGCGUACAGUAGCUGUUGCGUGGAUGAGGUCGGAGCAUCGCACAUCAAUGCUGAUUAUGUCGUGCACCACGGCCACGCGUGCUUCAGCCCGACUACAACUCUUCCAGCAUUCUUUGUUUUUGGAAAAGCUUCAACUGGUGUGUCCAAUUGUGUAAAAAAUUUAUCAGAUCAUGCUGUGAGAAACGGCAAACCUUUCCUGGUUCCCUUUGGGCUAGAAUAUGCACAUUUGAUACAGCAUAUAAGAGAUGAAGUGGUAGAAGCAUGUAUGAAUAGCUCUAGAUUAGAAAUCCAAUUUGCUGAAACUAUGUCUUCGGACAUGAAUCCAUCAGAAUCUCGUAAGAUCUCCAAUGGGAGCUUGGAAGCAGCUAGUGUCUUCUCUGAUGAUAAAUGUAUCAGGACAGUGGUUGGUAAUAGAUAUACCAUUGGAGGCUUGGUCUGGGAAUUACAUGAGGAAUACAAAAUGGAGGACUACUUGUUUUUUUGGAUUGGUUGUGGAAAUGCUGCAUUUGCAAGUGUUGUACUGACGUUAUAUGGUUGUGAAAUAGAUAUGAUGCAAAGUCUAAUUGCAUGGUGACAGACUUAUCUCAACAAAGAAGAAUUCUUAAGCAUAGAUGUUACCUGGUCAAGAGAAGGCAAAGGAUGUAAACAUUGUUGGUUUUCUGGUUGGAACUCUUGGUGUAGCCUGUAAAGCCAGAGGAUUAGACCUAUGAGUUCGUUUUAAGGUAUGCUUGUUCAACUUGAUUGCCUUUGGGAUUUCAGUGUUUUAUUGGAAGUCUGAGAUGGUUAAUGAUGGUGAAUACCUUUAAUAAUGUUAAAGUUCAAUGAAAAAGUAAUUAUUAAUAUAGUAAAUCAGUGAUAGUAUGUCAAGGGUUAGGUUAGAUCAACAAUACAGGAAAUUUGACUUAAAAAAUAAUCAGUAAAUAGAGCUCAAUCUCAGAAAAAAUUGGUUUGAUAUCUUGUAUGCUAAUGAUUUUGAAAUAUGACUUAACCAAGUUAAUGCUUUGUUUUCAUUAUAUUCUCUCUUUAGAAUACUAGGGAAAAAAAACCAAUGCUACCAUGCAGGCCCUUUGGAAUACUGUAAGCAACAUGUCAGUUACACAGACCCUCCUAGAACAUAAGGAGUGAAGAAAAAGGGAUAGUAAUGCAAUAAUGACAAUGGUGAUUAAACGGUAAAGCCUUCUAAGAUUGUGCUUUACUCUCGACUUAGCACCAGUGAACUGCUUAUGGCAAUAGAUCCAAAUACGAAGCAUCUGUUGUAUUAUGAGGACAAGGCAGACCAUGCAAGGAAUUUGACAUUGAUGGAUUUCCUUGUGUCCAUGCAAUUGCAGCAUGUAAGCAUCGACAUAUUUCUCCAUAUUUCCUUUGCUCGGCGCAUUACUCAGUUGACUCACUCUGUGAUGCAUAUUCGGAAACCAUAUAUCCACUUGGAGAUAAAUGUCAGUGGCAUGCUCCAGAUGAUGUCAUAAACCAGGUUGUACUUCCACCUCAAAUUGGCAAACAGUCAGGAAGACCGAGAAAGAAGAGGAUUCAAUCUCAAGGAGAGGAGCGUCAUCAAUAUAGAUGUGGGAGGUGCAAACAGGUCGAUCACAGCAGCCGAUCAUGCUCCGCCGCCGUACCUCUUGAUAGCACUACCAACCAACAGCACCACUGAAACGAAGGCCCAUCAAUUGCGUGAUGCUAUAUUCAGACAAUGGGGCCAUGUUAUGCGGUAUGCGUGUGUAUGCAAUGUAGUCAGGAAUGCAAUUAGUUGCUCAACCACGUAACAUGUGUUUUGGCAUAAUAGACGUUGGCUUUAUGUGUUCUUUUGUUGUCAAAUUCAUCUAUCGUAUUGUUUUGAUAACAUAUCAUUCCGUGUUCAGUUUUUGGUUCAGUUGUUUGUAUGUUUCUUACUAUUGCAUGGAUGAUAUUUCUGCCCAAUGGUAAUGACCGAUGCAUCAUCGGUAAUUGACAUUUGUA